ACGAUCUGUUCCACAAAAAAAAUAAAAAUAAAAAUAAAAAAUUCUACUCUUGAGGUCUUCACUUGACCUUUAUAUUUCCCAUUACUGUUGCUUCUUUGUCCUAACUGCAGCAUAGAUACUAAUCAUGCCUGCCCCUUCUUCUUCUUCUUCUGUUUGCCUUCUCCUCUCACUAUCAUUUGUUUUCGCUUGUUUGCUCAUUUUCUUGCCAAUUUCUCUAGCCAAAACCACCAACUCCACUCGCCUACCACGCCAACUUUCCAUUAACUACUAUGCAAAAAACUGUCCUCAACUUGAACAACUUGUUGGUUCAGUCACUUCCCAACAAUUCAAAGAAACUCCAGUUUCAGGGCCAGCCACCAUUCGCCUAUUCUUCCAUGACUGCUUUGUAGAAGGUUGUGAUGCUUCUAUCUUGAUAUCAACGAAGCCUGGAAGCAAAGAGUUGGCAGAGAAGGAUGCAGAAGAUAACAAGGAUUUGAGGGUGGAGGGAUAUGAGAGCAUUAGAAAGGCUAAGGCAUUGGUGGAGAGCAAGUGUCCUGGUGUUGUAUCCUGUGCAGAUAUUCUUGCAAUUGCUGCCAGAGAUUAUGUCCACCUGGCAGGGGGACCUUAUUACCAAGUGAAGAAAGGGAGAUGGGAUGGCAAAAUAUCAAUGGCAUCAAGGGUACCCUAUAAUCUACCUCAAGCAAAUUCAACCAUUGAUCAACUACUGAAGCUUUUCAAUUCCAAAGGAUUAACACCACAAGAUCUAGUGGUUCUCUCAGGAGCACACACAAUAGGUUUUGCUCAUUGUAAGCAUUUUAUCAAUCGCCUCUACAACUACGGUGGCACCAAGCAGCCUGACCCUGUGAUUGACCCAAGGCUCCUCAAGGCACUGAGAAUGUCCUGCCCACAGUUUGGUGGAAAUGAAGACAUUGUUGCACCAUUUGAUGUUACAACUCCAUUCUUGUUUGAUCAUGCUUAUUAUGGGAACUUGGAGGCUAAACUGGGCUUGUUGGCCUCUGACCAAGCCCUGUUUCUGGACCCACGAACCAAGCCCUUGGUUCAGCAGCUUGGGACUAAUAAGCAGAAAUUCUUUCAGGCAUUUUCACAAGCAAUGGAUAAAAUGGGUUCCAUUGGUGUUAAAAGAGGAAGAAGACAUGGUGAGAAGAGAAGAGAUUGUAGUAUACAUGGGUUAUAGCUAAUUUGAGUUUGGUAUAUAUAUAUUUUUUCAUGUUUCUUGUAUGAUUUCUUUAUUUUCUUUCUUUCUUUUUUUUUUGAAGGAAAAAUUUGGCUGCUGUCAAGUGUUUUGGAUUAGGAUUUGAUGUUUGGGAUUUGUUGUAGGUGAGGAUUUUGUGAAUGCAAGGAGAGAUUCAAAGAACUUAGCAGAAUUCUUUCUUUCUUU